AAUUGAUUUUUCCCAUUAUUUUUUUUCUGAUUGUUCUUCACAGAAUAAGACCACAGCUUGCCAAAGAAAAGAUUGAAGGAUGUCAUAUUUGUACAUCAGUCACACCAGGAGAGCCUCAGGUCUUCCUAGGGAAAGAUAAGGCAUUUACCUUUGAUUAUGUGUUUGACAUCGAUUCCCAGCAGGAACAGAUCUACACUCAGUGCAUUGAAAAACUAAUAGAAGGCUGUUUUGAAGGAUACAAUGCUACAGUUUUUGCCUAUGGACAAACUGGAGCUGGGAAGACAUACACAAUGGGAACAGGCUUUGAUGUCAACAUCAUGGAGGAAGAGCAGGGAAUUAUUUCUCGUGCUGUUAAACACCUUUUCAAGAGUAUCGAAGAAAAAAAAAACACAGCGAUUAAAAAUGGGGUUCCUCCUCCUGAAUUUAAAGUGAACGCCCAAUUUUUAGAG